AUGGAAAACAAGGUCAAGGUUCCCCGUAGCCGCAUCCUCGCCUAUCCACGCUUUCAUACCGUGAAUGGUGGGCGUGGUCGCUCUCUUAGACCACGUGACCUUCACUACGUUCCGGGAGUGUUAGCUCGAGUGGCUCAGCAACAAUGCCAACGUGACUAUAAUUUAUGUGUGGGCACUAAGCGUGUUUUGUCUGCCAAGGAAAGCUGUGUUCCUGAGGUUGGGGGCAACGCCCGCUGUGCUCGGCGAUCCUCGGCCGCCCCUGCCCCGCCGCCGUCAGGAAGAUGUCGGGGCCCUCGGGCGGCGUCCUCGCCGUGGGACACCUCGCGGCCGCGCCGGCAGGAGGCUCCAAGGGCGCCCUCGGCGAGGCCGGGACGCGGGCGGCGACGACCCGGCCAGAGACGGGGAGGAGGGCGGGCGCAGGAGGGGGGGGAGGCCCCCGGCCAGAACGACGCGAGCAGCGUGUACACCAGCAGCAGUUACGCCGCCAGCAGAGGCCUCCGCCGCCCCUCCGCCGGCAGGACGGCGGCCAACCCUCCCCAGGUGGCGCACCCCGUGCCGCCGCCCAGGUCCAAGGCCGGCUUGUCCAUCGUCGCCGGAGUUGCUGCGCCGGGCAUCAUGAAGUCCUCCUCGGAGAUCUUCCUUUCCUCGACGGCGCUUCCCCCCACCAAGGGCAUCCUCAAGUCCUCCUCGGGCGUCCUCCGCCCCGGCGCGUCGGGGGCGCCCCUGUCGCGCUCCGCGUCGGGCGGCGUGGUGGCGUCGACGGCGCGGGUCAACUUCAGCAGCACCGUCAGUCACAUAGAAAGCUCUCCCCCGAGCUCCCCGACGGAGCCGCCCUUCGGUAUGUCUGUAGCAGCCUUGAGUAGCCCGCCUUCCGGCCCGAGUAAAGUAGAUCUAUCCUUUAGGCAGGCCAGCCAGCCUGCACCGGCAGUAGCGACCUCUAGCACUUCUCCGGCCUCUUCUUGCUCCUCCCAUGCCUGCGCUGCAGCGGCCGCGGCCUCCUCGCGGCCUCCGUCCCCGCCGCCGCCGCCGCUGGCCCCUCCACGCACGAGGCCUCGCGGGGCCAAGGCUGCCGGUAAGUGCCUCAAGGUGUUCCUCGAUCAGCUUCCUGCUGCUGCAACCAGCGCGGAACAGGACACGUAG